AUGAAUGCUUUUACUCUUAAUUUCAAAAUAUCAAAUAUCGAAUAAGAUUUUAGAGAUUCAAAACAGUGCUUUUUCAGAGCGAUUCUACAACAUUAAAGAUGGAUUUUUGGAUUGAUUAAUAUCAUAUCAAUAAUAAGCCAUCUAGUCUCAUAAAAUUGGGUUUAUGCAUCUCUUAACAUAUGCACAUUAAUUAUUAUAAUGAUGUCAAUUAAAUUUAAGCAAAAAUAUCCCUUCAUUUAUGAGGUUGUGAUUAUAUUAUUUUUGCUCAUUUAUAAUGCAUACCUUGCGAUGGAAAAAUACUUACAUUAAAUAGAUGCACAUUAUGCUAAAGGCUUCUUUGUUUCUUUAUCAUGCAUGUGGUAUUACAUAAUCUAUAAUAAAUUAUUAGUUCAUUAGCUAUGUUAAAUUUUUUAUAGAGAACGGUUUUGGUAAUUAUAAUUAUAGCUUUGCAUUUAAUAUUUGGUAUUGACCAUCAUAUACAGUUUUUUGACACUUAUCUUACAUAUAUAAUGUAUGUCAUAUUUUUCCUAUAAUUUACCUAUCAUUUUGAGAAAUUAAUAAGAAUUCAAUUCAUAGAGUAUAAUAAAUUAUAACAACAACUAAAUAAGAUUAUAAAAUUUAAUAAUAUUUAAAGCUAUUCAAUAAUGUAUGAUGAAAGGAAAUCUUUAAUUUUAAUUUAAAAGAAUAAUAAAACAAAUAUAUAAAAAGAAGAUUAAGAUGAAUUUAAUAAAUUAGUAUCUUCAAUGCAUUUACCAAUGAAAAAUUAAAAGAAUCGAAAUGCCGAGAUUAUAAAUAUGGAUAAUUCAUCCUCUCCUAAUCGUUAAACUCUAAAGUAAUUUCUAUUAAAUUUAACUACUGAACAAUAGAAUAAUAAUUAUGAUACUCUAUUAAGAAUUAAAAAUGAAUAUAUUUUAUAUGGAUUCUACAAAAAAUAAGUUUUUACUCUUUGUGUUUACUUAUGUUUUGAUGUUUAACCUUUAAUGGUACUUUUAAUGAAAGAAAGUAAAUCAGAAACUUAAGAGUAAGAACUUAAGUUUAGAAUGAGAAAUAACCAGAAAUAAUUUAAUUAUUUAUCAAAUAUAUUUGAAUAAUAAAUUAAGAAAUCUAUAAUCUAUUUCAAAUGGAUAAAAAAUUAUGCAGACAAAUAAGCUGAUAUUAAAAUUAUAAACUCUGUUUUAAGAAUGAUAAAAAAUUGUUUGAUUAAAGGUUACACUGAUUUUCUAAAUUUAGAAAAUUUCAACUAAAUUUACACUAUUGAACCAAAUCUCAAGUAAUUCAACAUUAAUAUUCUAUUAAAGGAAGUUAUUACUAUAUGUAAUGGAUUUUAUAGUUCAUAACGAGACACUUUAGCUAAUUUAUUCUAAUGUGAAAUAAAAAACCAUUUAAAUAGCAAUUAUAUUGUAUCAGAUUUAAAAUAUGUCAAAUUGUUAUUUUUAAAUUUACUAUUUUAUAUAUCUUAGUUUUCCUAAACAGUACUUAUUGAAUUAGAUGAAAUUGAAUCUAAUAUACUUUAGUAACCAAUAAUAAAAAUAAGAAUAUUAUAUCAAAAUUCAAAUAAAGCAAAAUAAUAAUUUUAAAAUCUACCAAUACUGAAUCCAUAAUCAUUAACAGACUUGAAACAUAACAGUUAAGUACCGUUGGAAUUAGAAUUAGCAGUUUCAUUAAUGUUAGUAAGAAGGUUAGGUCCAUUCGAUAAAAUAAAAAUUAUACAUUCAAAGAAAAGAUCAAAUUAUCUUGAAUUUUUCUUAUUUAAAUAACUUACAGAAGAUUUUCUCUUGAUGCCUAUCGUAUCACUAAAACCUGUUGAUAAGAUUAUUACAUAACAGGAUUCUCUACUAAUGAACUCUUUUUCAACAGAAUUGCGUUUAGAUUCGGCUAAAAAUAGCAUUUAAUUUUUAUGA